AUGAGCGCCCAACAACCCACACCGAACCUAUCCUCCCACCUCACAGCCCUCUUCGCCAACACUCCAGACCAACAGAAGCCCACCUCACUCCUCACCUCCGUGCUGCCAACCCUCAUCUCCUCCAUCGGAUCCGUCGCCAAUGCCCUCCGCACGACGCAAGGCGUGUCGCAGGUCGGCACGGCCAACGCCUUCGGCGACGACCAAUUGAACGUCGACGUCAUCGCCGAGGAUAUCCUGCGCGACGCCAUCGCCUCCUGCCCAUCCAUCCGCACCGCGAGCAGCGAGGAAGAUCCAGUCGAGAAGGCCGUGCAGCAUAAGCAUCGCGACGGUGCCACCCCGCACGCCAACGCGGGAGAUGAAGUCGUCGGCGCCAUCAUCGGCAUCUGGCGGGGCGAGUCGGCGCUGAACUCGGAUCCCUCGACGCAGCAGAUCGGCGCUAUCUUGGGGGUGUUUGGGCCCAGAACUACGGCUGUCGUUGCGUUGAGGGUUCCCGGGACAGGGGUCGAUGUCUGCUUCGAGGUCGCGGUUAGUGACGGCGCGAGCGAGUUCCCCGUUGUACGUCCGUCGAUCAAGCUUGACGAUGCGCCGUUCAAGACGAGGUAUUUCGCGCCAGCGAACCUGCGUGCUGCGGGUGAGGAGCCGAGGUAUAUGGCGUUGUUGAAUCACUUCAUUGAGAACAGGUACACGCUUCGGUAUUGUGGCGGGUUGGUGCCGGAUAUCGUGCAUGCGUUGGUCAAGGGUCAUGGCGUGUAUGUUUCGCCUGUCACGGCGACGAGUAAGGCGAAGCUGAGGAGGCUGUAUGAGUUGGCGCCCAUCGCGCUUAUAAUGGAGUGUGCGGGAGGUAUGGCGGUCGAUGCGAGUGAUGGGAAGAAUGUGCUUGAGAGGCAGAUUGGCGAUACGGAUGAGAGAGCGGGGUUGAUCUGUGGAACAAAGGAAGAGGUGGAGUUUGUUAGGAAGUCACUGUUGGAAUAGAUGUCGUGACAGGUGAUGCUUUGUACGAAUCUCUUAAAUACAUAGAUACGCUAGAUAUUGAAACAGACGCCUGACGCUGAAUACUACGCUCCGUUUAUCAUUUCCCAG